ACAUAAAGCGGUGGUAUCGUCCAUUUCCCCGGAAACACCGGCGAUAGCAGCAGAACAGGAGCCUGGCGUAGCAUAAGUAGCAGGUGGGACCGAAUUAUCAGCCAAAGUGCAAAAAAGGAAUCAUCCACACCGCCUGGCAGUCAUCAAUACAACAUCCGUAACGCUGGACAAGCUUAAUCCCUUAGAUUUGAAUGGACAAGGCAGUCAGAAGUACACAGCCCAGCUAGUGAAGCCCAUUAAAGGUUCAGUGAUGCCGGUAAAGAAGAAGAGGAAGCACCCUGAUGCAGAUGACCAUGAGCACAAGUGUAAAAUCACAAGCUUCACCCGCCCUCAGAUCCGCGGUGCCAGGCCGAUCAGUGCUGAGAGGCUGUUCUCCAUUAAGAAGUGCCUGGCCUGGUUCCAAGAGUACGCUGGCCCAGACAAGGUGGUCGGUCCCGAGGCCAUGGAGAAGUUUUGUAAAGACAUCGGUGUGGAACCAGAGAAUAUUAUCAUGUUAGUUAUAGCCUGGCAUCUAGAAGCAGCAAGUAUGGGGUUCUUCACAAAAGAGGAGUGGCUCAGGGGAAUGACUUUAUUACAGUGUGACUGCACAGAGAGGUUACAGAGCAAACUGGAUUACCUGCGCAGCCAGCUCAACGACUCUGCAGUCUUCAAAAAUAUCUACAGAUACGCCUUUGACUUUGCCCGAGAUAAGGACCAGAGGAGUUUGGACAUGGACACAGCUAAAUCCAUGCUGGCGUUACUGUUGGGGAGAACAUGGCCACUCUUCCCAGUCUUCCGCCAGUUCCUGGAGCAGUCCAAAUACAAAGGUAUGAAUAAGGACCAGUGGUAUAACGUUCUGGAGUUCAGCAGGACCAUCAACACAGACCUCAGUAAUUACGAUGAAGAUGGAGCAUGGCCAGUGCUGCUAGAUGAGUUUGUGGAAUGGCAGAAAGCUUGGUCGAGAUCGUAGCAGACGACGUCACAACACCAAAAAGAGAGCGAAAACAAAACACAAGAGGAAUCUAUAUCGUUCAAUAAAAAGGAGAAACUGCAGUUUCGGAUCCCAAAAACACAACAGACAUUAACAGUUCACACACAAAUAUGGACCACAGAAUCACUUGCAUCGUCGGCCAGCCGUGGUCAAGAGGCCUUUCUCUCACUUAGUAGACUUUUUAUAGUGUUAAUUUGGAGAAAAGAAAAUGUUCUUAACAUAAGAAAGCAAAAAAGUAAGCUGAGAGAAGAGCUGUGGAACUUAUGUUUUCUUGAUAAUUAUUUUUCCCAUUUUGUGUCUUGUUUAUAGAUGUUUUCACAAUAAUAAAAAGGAAAUGGAAGUAUGA